CUUCCUCCUCUUUCACUUUCCUUUCCGCGGAAAGCGGGUCCAGCCUGUCGAGUAUGGACGACCCGGAAUGCGAUUCCACCUGGGAGGACGAGAGCGAGGAGGACGGCGAGGAUGGCCAGGCGGAUGAUACGACCGAUGAGGACACGGGCGACGAUGACGGCGACGCGGAGGAGGCACGGCCAAGCCUGUUCCAGUCUAGGAUGACAAGGUACCGAAACUGGCGUGCUAUGCAGGACAUGCAAAGAUACCGGCACAACUACCCGGAUUUGACAGAUCAAGACUGCAACGGAGACAUGUGCAACCUGAGCUUCUACAAAAAUGAGAUCUGCUUCCAGCCAAAUGGCUUUCUCAUUGAGGACAUUCUUCAGAACUGGAAAGACAACUAUGACCUCCUGGAAGAGAAUCACUCCUACAUCCAGUGGAUGUGAAUGAGAUACCACAAAGCAGACUCAGAAACGAUGCCAUUUCCUGGCAAGAACAACAUUCCUUGGCUUGAGGACAACCCACUGAUCUGCUCCCAGUAUCCUCUUGUCACGGAGCUGUUUCCCCUGAGGGAACCAGGAGUGAACUGGCAUGCCAAGCCCCUCACACUGAAGGAGGUUGAGGCAUUUAAAAGCUCCAAGGAAGUCAGAGAGCGUCUUGUCCGGGCCUAUGAGCUCAUGCUGGGCUUCUAUGGGAUCCAACUUGAGGACCGGAACACAGGCGCCGUAUGCCGUGCACAGAACUUCCAGCCACGCUUCCACAAUCUCAACAGCCACAGCCACAACAAUCUGCGUAUUACACGCAUCCUCAAGUCGCUGGGCGAGCUGGGCUUAGAGCACUACCAGGCACCGCUGGUGCGCUUCUUCCUGGAGGAGACCCUAGUACAGCACAAACUGCCCAGCGUUCGCCAGAGUGCCCUGGACUACUUCCUGUUUGCCGUGCGCUGCCGGCACCAGCGCCGGGAGCUCGUGCACUUUGCUUGGGAGCACUUCAAGCCUCGCCGAGAGUUUGUCUGGGGGCCCCGUGACAAGCUGCGGAGGUUCAGGCCCCAGACUAUAUCCCGGCCACUGAUGGGACUAGGGCAGGCAGAUAAAGAUGAGGGCCCCGGGGACCCCUCCCAAGAGGCUGGCACCCAGGGUCGGACCUGUGGAUCUGGAAGGGACCUGAGUGGGGACAGUGGAACAGCUGAGGAUCUCUCACUGUUGAGCGCAAAACCCCAGGAUGUGGGAACCUUGGAUGGGGACCAAAGGCAUGAGGCUAAGUCCCCGAGUCCCAAAGAAAGCAAGAAGAGGAAGUUGGAGGGGAACAGGCAGGAGCAGGUCCCAGGGGAGCCAGAUCCUCAGGGUGUCUCUGAGGUAGAGAAAAUUGCCCUCAACCUUGAGGGGUGUGCCCUCAGCCCUACCAGCCAGGAGCCCAGGGAGGCUGAACAGCCCUGUCUUGUGGCUAGGGUGGCUAAUGAGGUAAGAAAACGGAGGAAGGUGGAGGAAGGAGCUGAGGGUGAUGGAGUAGCCAGUAACACUCAAGUGCAGGCCAGUGCCCUGUCUCCUACCCCUUCAGAGUGUCCUGAGUCCCAAAAGGAUGGGAAUGGGCCAGAGGACCCCAAAAGCCAGGUGGGGCCAGAAGACCCCAAAAGCCAGGUGGGGCCAGAGGACCCCAAAAGCCAGGUGGGGCCAGAGGACCCCAAAAGCCAGGUGGGGCCAGAGGACCCAAAAGGCCAGGUGGAGCCAGAGGACCCAAAAGGCCAGGUGGGGCCAGAAGACCCAAAAGGCCAGGUGGGGCCAGAGGACCCAAAAGGCCAGGUGGGGCCAGAGGACCCCAAAAGCCAGGUGGGGCCAGAGGACCCCAAAAGCCAGGUGGAGCCAGAGGACCCCAAAAGCCAGGUGGAGCCAGAGGACCCCAAAAGCCAGGUGGAGCCAGAGGACCCCAAAAGCCAGGUGGGGCCAGAGGACCCCCAAAGCCAGGUGGGGCCAGAGCAAGCUGCCUCUAAGAGCCUGGGGGAGGAUCCUGACUCUGACACUACAGGAACCUCAAUGAGUGAGUCAGAGGAGUUGGCAAGGAUUGAGGCCUCUGUUGAACCCCCAAAGCCUUAGAGGUACCCCUCAGUCCUAAUUAGCCCACUGCAGGGGGUUUCUGUCCCAGAGCUCUGUUGUUGGCUCUUCUUGGUGCCCCACAGUGCUGGCCUCUCCCUAGUGGUCACUGAAGUGGCCACCAGAGGGACUGAGGCCCUGCCCUCAGGGAAGGCCAAGGCCUUCAGAAGCCUCCUUACCUCACUGUGUCCUCCACUGCCCUCUGAGCCCUGUGUUGUGAACAGACCCUAAGGGUCUAAGGGGAUGGGCCUCUUUUCUUCGUCUGGUGCCAAGUGAGGCCUUUUCUGAAUAAACUCUUUAGGCUUUGUC